UCACUCACUCACUCACCCACUCACUCACUCACGGGGACGCGCUCGGCAACUGUAUAACUCUCACUUCCGGUUCAACAUGGCGGCAUCCAUGGCAUCCCGGGCUGUCUCUAGAGCACUUCGCGGAUCUGCAAUCGUACCGUUACUUCUCAACAGAAAUAAGCUGGUAAGAGUGAGCCCCAGAAGAUGGCUGAACCUUCAGGAGUACCAGAGCAAGAAGCUGAUGCAGGAGUGUGGAGUGGCCGUCCAACGCUUUUUUGUCGCCGACACUGCUACCGAGGCCCUGGACGCUGCCAAACGGUUAAAUGCUAAAGAAAUUGUUCUGAAGGCUCAGAUCCUGGCAGGGGGCCGAGGCAAAGGGGUGUUUGACAGCGGCCUGAAAGGUGGAGUGCACUUAACCAAAGACCCGGCAGUGGUGCAAGAGCUGGCCAAUAAGAUGCUCGGCUUCAACCUGACCACCAAGCAGACGCCGAAGGAGGGCGUCAAGGUCAACACGGUGAUGGUGGCUGAGGCUCUAGAUAUCUCCAGGGAGACGUAUUUCGCCAUCCUGAUGGACCGUGCGUGUAACGGACCCGUGAUGGUGGGCAGCCCGCAGGGGGGAGUGGACAUCGAGGAGGUGGCAGAGAAAACACCAGAGCUUAUCUACAAGGAAGUCAUCGAUAUUUUCGAAGGCGUUCGAGACGACCAGGCGCUGCGCAUGGCAGCUAAUUUGGGCUUCAAAGGGCCGCUGGAGAGGCAGGCUGCAGAUCAAAUUAAGAAGCUGUACGAUCUCUUCCUGAAAGUCGAUGCCACUCAGGUGGAAGUGAACCCACUCGGCGAGACUCCCGAAGGACAAGUCGUGUGCUUCGAUGCCAAAAUCAACUUCGAUGACAACGCUGAGUUCCGUCAGAAAGACAUCUUUGCCAUGGACAACACGGCCGAGAGCGAUCCCAUAGAGACCGAGGCGGCCAAACACGAGCUGAAGUACAUCGGCCUGGACGGCAACAUCGCUUGCUUCGUCAAUGGUGCUGGCCUUGCCAUGGCCACAUGUGACAUAAUUGACCUGCAUGGAGGGAAACCAGCAAACUUCCUGGACCUGGGAGGAGGAGUGAAGGAGGACCAGGUGUACACUGCUUUCAAACUGCUCUCUGCUGAUCCGAAGGUGGAGGCCAUCCUGGUGAAUAUUUUUGGUGGGAUUGUGAACUGUGCCAUCAUCGCUAAAGGCAUCAUUAAGGCUAGUGGAGAGCUGGGGCUCAAGGUGCCCCUGGUUGUCCGUCUGGAAGGAACCAACGUACAGGAGGCUAAGAGGAUCCUGUCGGAGAGCGGGCUCCCCAUUACUUCAGCCAACAACCUGGACGACGCAGCCGAGAAAGCAGUGGCCGCUAUCACCAAGAAAUAACAUACACACAGACACACACACACUCACACACAUACACACACUCAGCCUUAGUUCCUUACCCAAUCUUCCUGUCAAUCAAACGGUAGGCUCCUCCUACAGACCAAAUCAAACUUAGUGAAGAUCAGUGGAGCUCCAUUCGGGUCAUUUUUAGACUGAACUCUUUGUUUUGUUUUUUGUUUUUUUUUUCCACAAAACCCAAAGCCAGGUUUUCGGGAGCGAACUCGUCCCUCACAGUGAUCUCUCAGUGUAUUAUUCAUUCACUCGUUUAUUCACACGUCUUCUAUCAUUUACUCAGUGCCACGUCGCGUCUGAUACAGUUCGGAAUUUAUUUUUUAUUCCCGAUAUUUCUAGACGCAUGUCUGCCUCGCUGAAACGGGAACGUCCGGCUAAUCGGCGCAUCCGCAUCUGCACGGUCACCCGAGAUAGCGAUCGCACGCACAGAAACGCAUGAUUAUCUCACUGCACACAAUCGAACGCUCGCCGGUGCUCAUCAUUAUCGCUGUGAAAUGGGCUGCAAAUCCUGCCAUUGAUUUCUUAAGCUUCUUAUAGUGUGAACUUCAGCACCUGCAGGAACUUUUUUUUCUUCUUUUUUAAAUAGGAAGUCAAACAAGUGUCAAGUAAAGCAGACCAUCAACUGUUCUUACACUGUUUAUCAGUAGAAUUUGACCAAAUUUUAUUAUUAAUAUAUAUAUAUAUAUAUAUAUAUAUAUAUCAUUCCACAAAAAUCUUUCCUAAUCCAAGUCCAGAAGUUAUUUUUAUUGACGUGAAGAAAAUUUUGAAGUCCUGAAGCAACUCUUGAUCAAUAAGAGUGUGUUUGUGUGUUAGGAGUGUACACAUGCUAAUGUUCACCUGGAAAUUAGCAUCCUGACGAUUUAAAAGGCGUGAACCCAGCUGAUUUGUAUUUUAUUCUUAAAGCACGGGAGCGUCUGAUGUGUUUUCACAGAUCGCCAUGAAGCUUUUCCAUUAGAAAUGUAGAAUUGUGCAAUAAUUUAGAGGUUAAAAAUCCCAAAGAUUCCCCAAAGGUUAAACACACUAGUCUUAUUAAGUGUCAUAAAUAAGUCCCACAGACAAGAUGCUCGAAUCUCAGGAUUUUAAUAUUCAUGAGAUCUUCAUUAAGCCACGCCCACAGACAGCUUACGCGCCAGCCGUUGUUUGCUAACCGCAGUGAGACGUAGACCUGAGUCCUGAACCUUAUUUAGAUUUAUUCUGUAAUCUUCAGUGGCCUUUUUUGUUUUGUUUGUUUUGCCUUACAGUGAUGUGCCGUGUGAACGAUGAAGGCACCUUUCUUUUCUUUUUCUUUUUCUUUGCACGGUCACCCGUGUCGCCGCUUCGUCCCGGAUGUGCUCCAGGAGCGCCGUGGCUUUUUCUCGUGCCUCUCAUGGAGACGAUUUGAACAGCAGCUUGUCUGUAUUUGUGUUUUGUAAUGAAACCACUCGGAUGUCAUCGAGGCCUUUUGUAAUCAUGACUGUGAUAUUUUGUGAAUGGAAUUCUGUUUGGAAUCCUCAAAGUGACGCAAUAAAACCUCUCCAAGAUAUUUA